GCGGAGUUCCCGGGGGAACCGGCGCCCCGCAUGGAGCUGGGCUCAGUGCGGGCAAUGGAGCGGGAGCUGGAGCGCUGCCGCCGCCACCUCCGGCACCUGCAGCGGGCGCUGGCGGAGGAGCGGUUCAAGGUGGGCUACCUGGAGGCGGCCCUGGCCCGGGCCCCCGCCCCGCCGCCGGCCCCGGCCCUUCCCGCCGUCCCCCGCUCGCCGCCCAGCCCCGCCGGCAGCUCCCCGGAGGGCGGCAGCUCGGACGCGGAGGACGCUUCGUCGGCAGGUGGGUGCCGCGGCUCGACCGUCCCCACCCUGCGGCCCAGGGCAUCCCACACGGGCACCGGCAUGUCCCCAGCCCCAUUGCACGGGCAAGGGUAUUCCCAUCCCGUGGGGUAUCCCCAUCCUUAG